AUGCCAAAAGCGACAUGCACCCUCAGUGGGCUAGUCUUGCUGUGCUGCGUAGCACUGGGGCAGUUGAAUGUGGCGGCCCUUUUGGACAACAUGGACUUGAGCGGAGACGGAACCAUACAUUGGCAUGAAGUUCGUCACAGUGAAGGCUUCAAAAAGCUGCCGAAAGAUGUGCGGAAGGACUUCAAAAAAGCGUUCAAGGCGGCGGAUGUCAACAAUGACUAUGUACUAGUUCUGGAGGAGUUCAAGACGUUCUAUGCACGAACCGAACAGAUCGUGCAAGACAGGGAUCGCAUGUUGGUUGAGAGGGCUCGCCGGAACCUGCAGGAAAGAAAGAAAGGCAUACCAGACGGAGAAGCCAUGAAGUCAGAAUUGUAG